AUGGACUCUCCUGUGCAGCAGCUGCACCUGCGUGGCGUGCGGCGGCGGCAUGUGGGAACAGACGGAAGUGCCGACAUACUCUCGCAUGGCUGGCUCGUCCAUCAGGUGGCGACUAAGUUCAAGCGCAUCAUUAUCUUCCUCGGCGUCAUCUUUACGCUUGUGGGCGCACACCUACUCAUUACCUCGCUGCUCAGCCGGCCACCGACAUGGCUCCAAGGCGAGCUGCUGACCUUUACCCAGUCGCUCCUCAUCCUCUCUGUCGUCUCGUUCCUCAUCGUCCUCGUCUGCGCCAUGAAGUAUCACCAGCGGACGCAAGAACGGUUCGCCUCGCUUCUCGAGGAGCAACAGCGAGCCGACGCCAGGCUGCAGUCAGCUCGCCGAGUCACGACUGGGUCGGCCGCGGCCGCACAGGCCGGCGAUGGCGUCGAGCUGGAGGCCCGGCUCGACUCGGGCCGCAAGCCGGCGACCACCUCACUCCUUCCUCCGGGCAUGCGCGGCGCAGCGCACUACUACGACCAGGCCUACGAGGUGACCAUGGUUGGCGACGAGUACGUGUUCUACGACGGCUCUACUGAGUAUGUUCUCGACCUGCAGCCGGUCAUCCCGGCUGCCAAGGCCAAGGCCAUGAAGGGUCCGCCGCCGCUGGUGGACACCCGCCGGGCGCGGUCGUCAUCCAUCGCCUCGAUGGCUGGCUUCCGCAAGGAGGAUACGCCUGGAGAUCGGGUCAAGUCGCCGCUCUCGCCCCACUCGUGUGUCCGAGUCCCGAUCGGCAUUACCGAGCUAGAGCAUGAUCUCAACGAGACCAAGCGACUGGUCUUUAUGCACAUUCUGGCGCACUCGCGUGACAGCGCGUGUGCCACCGCCACGCCGGGCCGCCGGGCCCGCGCGGCGUCGGUUGCCUCGUUCAAGGGCAAGGAGGAGUCGGACUCGUCCGACCCGGAAGAUGCCAUUGAGGAGGGGCCGUCGGACGCGACCGGGGUCUCGGGCGACUCGGGGCCCAUUGACGACUCGCUUGUUCACAUGAUGGAGUCUUGGCUCCUCGACGACCUUAAGACCUGGCAGCGCCGGGCCGCCAAGCUCCAGGCGUCGCGGAGCCAGACGGGCGAAGUGGACUCUGGUGUCCAGUUCUGCGCCUAUCCUGACGACGAACUGUACUCGGACGAGUGCGAGUCAACGGGCCGGGGAGGGAGUGGCGGCAGCACAGGCAAUGCCGAUGGCGACGACGACAACGACGCUGACAACGGCGACCUUGUGGUCAACACCUCGUUCCGCUCGGCGCGAUCGGGCGAGUGGCCGCUGAACGCCAGCUCGCCUGCCUUCCUCACGCCGCAAGUAGCUAUCGAGGCUGACGAUGCCAACGGCGACGGCGGCGAUCACAUCACGCCGCUGCCUGGACGGCCGCCGCGUCGGAUUGGUGCGCAGAGCAGAUCCGGUCGCGGACGCAAGGACUCGAUGUACUACGAUGCUGAGCCGUCACUCACUGGCGCUCGGCUCACUCCACAUGGCUCGAGCGGGUCGUCCCUGACAGUACGGAGUCGGCGGCGGCGGAAGCACCGCCGGCGAAACGAGCAGGACGACGAGAAGCGGCAGUCGCACAACUUUAACGACACGCUCUCCGACUGGGGCGAGUCGUGGACGGGCGACGAGUUCCACUCGAUCGACGAUCUUCUUGCGUCAGCCGGCGCAACGCCGGCCCAUCCGGACGAGGUCGCGUUUGCCAACAACUUUGUGGCGGCUGAGCCUGACAGUGAGUCGACUGACGAGAGCGCGUCGCGCGGUGCGGGCGAGCAGGUCGGACGUAGUCGAGCCCAGGCUCGGGCCCGCAAGCCUGCGCAAACAACGCCGCCAGCAAGGACGUCCGCCAGCCUACCUUCGGUCGCGUCGUCGGCGUUAUCAUCAGGUUCGGGCGACGGAUGGUUCGGCAAGUCAUCGGUGUCGUCCGAGCCGCGGUCGGAUGCCGGUGAAAGCGUAGCGAGCGCCUCUGGCGCCGCAAGCCCGGUAGCGGACGCCAGUGCAGAGAUACAGGCUGUUGCGCUCGAGAACAUCCCCCCGCUGUGGCACGGUCCGCUGAGGGUCACGCUGCUCGGAGUGUGUGACAUGGCACUCAACACGCCGGUUCCGUUCGAGAAUGAGCACUUUAAGGGCACCAUCAUGCUCCGGCUCCGCAACGCGAUCGACGCCGACCCGGACGACCCGUACUUUGAGGGAAAGUCACGGGUGUUUGCCAUUGAGGUCGACGGCUCGUUCAAGAACAACGUUAACGGCAACGACGUGCUCUACGGUGCAGCCUUUGAAGCACCGAUUGUCUUUCCGCGCGGCUUCUCGCUCGCGGUCCGGUGUGCAUCGGCCGUCGACCCCGGCCUGCGCAUCGAAUGGAAGACCGAUACGCCGUCGUUUCUCUCGCCGCUCCUGUGCUCGAUGAACGAGAUCCAUGGCCCGGGCAUGCCCGACGAGCUCUCGGUCGAGCAGCGGCGCAAGUACUUUAAGACCGAGGCGAACCGCGCAGCGUUUGAGUUCAAGACUGACGCAUCGUACUCGUUUCGCAUUUAUGGCAACGUCAUGGACUGGGCCCAGUUCAACGCCAAGCUCGGCCCGUUCAAGGUCAACGCGCUCGGGUACCUUAACAAGCAGCCAAUCACCCUGCAAGCCUCGUCGCCAUCGACCGGUGCCGUCUACUUUGGGCUUCGGUUCUACCACAAGGGCCUGGAUCCCACGGCGUGGCCGGACUAUGCCCCGUAGCAGGAAGUGCCCAUGUGCGUUGUGCUUAUUGGUCUUCGCUCGACUCAGUGUAGGUCUGGGAGGCGGUGGUGGGCACCCGCGCCCGUCUCGCUCUCUUGAGCAGCUGCUGGAACCGCCCAAAGCCCUUCCGGCACUCGGGCCGGGUGAGCGCGGAGAGAGGCGGCUUCAUGAUGGCACUGCUGUAGAAAAUGACGAGCUUGCUCUUCGCCCGCGACGCGGCGACGUUGAUCCGCUGGUCGUCGAAGAUAAAGCCGGCCUCGACGUCGA